CGGGGAGCGGCCGAUGGGACGGGCCGAGGGGCGGCGGUUUGCCGGGAGCCGCCUCGGUUGGGCUUCGGAGCGGAGCGGGCGAGCUGUCCCAGUGCCUCACUGCUAUUACCACAAAAAACUAAAUCUCCUAACUAAGAUUCAUCUCCUACGUCUAAAUCUCGUCUCUUAGUUUGAAACCAUUUCCCUUUGUCCCAUCAAAAGAGACCCUGAUAAAGUGUCUGUCCCCUUAUUUCUUUCAGCCCCCCUUUAGAUACUGAAAGGCUGCUCUCAGGUCUCCCCAGAGCCUUCUUCAGGCUGAACAGCCCCAGCUCUCAGCCUGUAAAUGAUACCAUAAAAGACUUCACCGAGAAAAGAGUCAUGCAAAUGGGACUGAAUCACAGCUGUAAAACAGCUACCAAAUUUGAGCUUAUGUCAUGCUUAGAAAGAAUUUAAACUUCUCAGUCUUACUGUAUAUUUUUAUCUUAUCCAGGAAAACUCGUAACUGAAUUCUUCUUAAAUUCAGUAUUAAGAAUGGUCUUCAAAUCUUUCUUUCUCUCUUCUAACACCUUUUCCUCUUUGUUCUUCUUCACAGCCCCACUCUGUAGCCUCCUCCAGGUCAUUAGCUGCUUUUCUUGGUGAAUAAGCUGAGCACCAUGUACUGCAGAGCUGGAUGGUUAUUCUAGCAAACAGCUCGAUCUCAAAUGGUUACAAAAUGGAAGAUCCCGCUCUGGCAGCUGAUUUGGAAGAAGUUUCAUAACUUUUAAUGUGAGCUGGAGACAGAUAUUCCAGUAAAGGAUAAAGAUCAACUUUAAAAUCUUUGUGGGACAGACUGAAUUUAUUACUAAUCUGAUUUGAAGGCUGGAGCACAGCUAUGCUGCUGCAGGAACAUUUUUCUUUCCUUCUUGUUCCAGGGGGGAUUAAUCUGCUAAUGCCCUUUAGCUUUCUUCCAGGUUUCAUUUUAACUGUGUAGGGGAGGAGUUCAGCCAAGGAUCUGCCCAUUGUAACCAUUCCUUCCUGAAAUUUGCCAUCCCUUCCUACUUCUGUGUAUAGGAAGAGGAGUGAAAACCUUAGUGUCACAUAUAGUCAGCAAAGAAAACCUUUUCACCUUAACUCCCCAAGACUGUAGCAUGGAUCGUAACCUGCAUCUUUGUAAGCAAGCAUCAACUGGUGCACUGGUAACAUUCCAGAAUUCCUAUCUUGGAAGGCUAUAAAGUAUUCCAGAACAGAUUAAACAUUUGAUUACAUUGGAUCCCGACUAACAGAAGUUGUUAAAAAUGUCACAGAGAACUUCCAUGUGAAUGCUCCCUUCUGAGGAAUGGGCCAGUUAAGGGCACUGACUGCCCUGUAACUACUGAUUUUGAAACAAAGCAUUGCACUAAAAAAUGGAAUAAUAUGUGGAUUUAACACUGAAUUUAUCCCCCACUUGCAACUGCUUUUAAAUCUCACUGUAGUAAAGGCAAUUUCCAGUGUAUGUCAGGUUUGGACAGGGGUGGAUGUGAACACAGCACUGAGACCAAUGUAGGACGUUGGCUGUCCUUGUUUGAGGCGACACUCAAGAGUUUGUUCUGAAAGUAAUUCAGAUGUGACAUAUCCCAGAGGUGUGGAGCAAAAUGAGGUUUGGACAUAAGCUAAAAUUGCUUUCACAACCAAAUCUUGUGUUCUGCCACCCCACGAAGGAAAACACCUUCAGUUUAAUGAUAAAAGCCUUUUAAAAUGUUGAAAAUCAAUACCUUUUUCUUUUUUUUUUUUUUCUUUCAUUGAGCCUAAAUUACUCACUACCAAACACAAAUACCGGUGCUCAAAACCAGCAUGUAAGAAUCUGCCAUGCUUUUACCACAGUGCAAAGACAUGUUUGGUGUGUCACGUGCAGGUAAUGAGCAGGAAGUGCUCACAGGUGACAAGCAGUGCGAGUAGAUAAAUCUACCAUGCAACAGGGCUGUGUUCUAUUAAGUGCAGGCAUCAAAGGAGGGAUCUGUUGGCUGCUCUUUGUGCUGUCCACAUUCCCAAGUAGUUAGCUCAGCACUUUGCAGCAUACAAUUCUUUCCGCAGAAAUGUGAAUCCCGUCAAAACAUUUGCAUUGCUGCAAGUAAAAGAUGAACCGCUUUGGGGUAACUUCAUUAAUUUCUCUUAGUGUUCUUUUGUUGGGCUGGGGAGAAACUCUUGUAAGUGAUGUCAAGCCUUGUUCAUCUAAGGGCACAAGGAAUGUUGGAGCUGUGGAGGAACCACUCAAGGCAGAAGAGAAAAAUAGAUCUGCAGAUAUUUCAAAACAAAAAGAACAAUGCCUUGUGCCAUGUGAUGUUCAAGCUAAAAUUUUACGAGGGGAAAAACAGUAUAUGUGCAGAAAUUUGCAGAGCUCUCUUGUUGAAUAUGCAAGAAGCACGAAAAAACUGAUAAGAAACAUGAUGGAUGAUCAACAGUCUUCCUUGGAUUACCUUUCUAAUCAGGUGAAUGAACUCAUGAGCAGAGUUCUUCUUCUGAAUGCAGAAGUUUUAAGAAAGCAUUUGGAUCCACUUCCUUACAAAGCAGUUCAAUCCCACGGGUUGGAUUGCACUGAUAUCAAAGAUACCGUUGGCUCAGUUUCAAAAACUCCAAGUGGUCUGUACAUUAUCCACCCAGAAGGAUCAAAUUAUGCUUUUGAGGUAUUAUGUGACAUGGAUUUUCGAGGAGGUGGAUGGACUGUGCUUCAGAAAAGAACUGAUGGAAUCAUUACUUUCCAGAGAACGUGGUCUGAAUAUCUGGAUGGAUUUGGUGACCUUUCUGGGGAAUUUUGGAUUGGAUUAAGGAAGAUUUUUUAUAUAGUAAACCAAAAAGCAACCACUUUCAGUCUCUAUGUGGAUUUGGAAUCAGAAAAUGACAAGCAUGCCUACGCAUCGUAUGAUGCAUUUUGGAUAGAGGAUGAAGCGUGUUCUUUUAAAAUUCAUUUGGGACGUUAUUCAGGAAAUGCAGGUGAUGCAUUCAGAGGAUACAGGAAAGAAGAUAAUCAGAAUUCAAUGCCUUUCAGCACAUUUGAUGUCGACAAUGAUGGAUGUAGGCCAAUGUGCACUUUUAAAGAACAACCUGUAAAGAGCUGCAGUAACUUCAGCGAUAACACGGGAUGGUGGUUCAACCAGUGUGGCCUUGCAAAUCUUAAUGGCAUUCAUCGCUACACAGGUAGAUUUCUUGCAACUGGGAUUCACUGGGAUACAUGGACAGUGAACAAUAAGCCAGUAAAAAUUAAAUCAGUCUCUAUGAAGAUUCGGAGGAACUAUGAUCCUUAUUUCCAUUGACCUAUGAAAAUAGAAAUGUAUCUAUUCUUGCUGUUACGUGGGAUAAUGUAUCAAUGCAACAUUAACAUCUUUCAUUUUCAUUUAAACAGCUCAGUCUUAAAACUUUAUUAAACAUUUCCAUAGUACAGUUACUCAUUUUUGUUAUGAAGUAUCAGCAUGUUUAGUGGCCCCACUUGAGUAAGAAGGCCCUAAGGAGAGGAUUUCCAGAAAAGCAAAGAAGCUCAGUGUUUACAAGCUUUUAUUUAGCUGCCUCGUAUGUACUCACAGAUCCAGUGGAAAAGUUAUAAAAAGAGAAAUGCUGAGUUUUGAAUUUUUGAAUGUGUUUCUUCUAUGCUCUCUGCAUAUCUAAAUUGCCAAGAAAGCGCAGGAAAUUUUCUUUAAAAGAAGUGAUACAUCGGUCAUUCUAGUAAUCAUAUUUCAUAAAAAAAAAUAACUUUUCUUUGUGUUAAUUUCCCAGAACCAGCUUUUUUUUUCUUUCUUUUUUUUUUUUUUUACUGUAUUCCUUAUCAGGCAAGAUAAUACUAACUUCUGUCAGCACACAUGCAAGGUCCUUACUUGUAAAACAUGUCAUACCUUACUUGUAUAAACAACGAUGCUCUGAGAGUACUGCACAGACCCCGAGUAUUGUAUACCCUCAGGGCUUGACUUUUAGCCAUGUAAAGUAGAUUGCAAUAUGCAAGAGCUAUGGUCUAUUUUCUAUUUAAUUUUCAUGGUCAUUGUAUUUCAUGUUCAGGUUAAGAUUUGUAAUUCCCUCAAUUCACUGAAAAAUGAAUACUUCUAUUUUUUUCAAAGAAAAUGAAUAAUGUCUCAUAUCUUUGGAGUUUUGAUUCUUGGAUGUAUGGGCACGAAAUUAUCAUUUUCAUUUUUCCUGCUGUUCACUUUGUGAAUCUUCUUGAACAAAAGACUGGAGUUGUAUCAUUUUAAACUAUGCAGUGUUAAGUGUUUGAAUUACUGUCAAUAAAAGUGGAGUAAUACAAAAAGCACAUGAA